AAGACAAAGAGUUAAGACCUAAGUGAAUUUUCAUACUUAAUAGAAAGGAUCAAACAAAAUUACGCAAUAUGCGUUUGGCAUACUUUCUACUUUUAUUGAGUUUAACGAUAACGGUGUUGGCCCGUCGGGGAUCUCGUCCCAGGGCCCGAAUGAGAUCGCCUGCUGUAAGGAGAUUUCCUGCAGCUCCUAGAUAUCGGGCCCCAAUAAGAACACCAGCGAUAAGAAGAAUGGCUUCACCACAAAGGUUUCGGGCACCAGCGAAACCUGUAAUUAGGGCCCCUAUGAGAAAGCCACCAGUUAGAAAAUGGGCUGCAUUGCCAAGGUAUCGGGCACCAGCGAGGAUGGCAACAAUGAAGAAACCUGUUAACAACAGAAUAUCGAAACCUGCACCAAAGGCUAGGCUAAUGGCCAACGUCAAGUCAGCUGUUAUGCCAAAUACAGCUAAACUCCGAUCUGUAGUUCCUUCAGCAAAGGCUAAAAGGAGACAAGCAGUUGCUCGAAAUAAAGCCACUAAAAACAUUGGUCACAAAGCAUUGCCAAAGGUCACGAAGUCUAAUUCCGGAAUAAGACGGAACAAACCUCAAAAUAACGUUCGUAAGCCCAAAAACAAAGCUGCAAUCGCUAAAGCCGCAGUUAAGAACCCGGCAAAGCUAGUGCCCAUUAUCCAAGCACCACAAAGAAACCCGGCUUCUAGGAGCAAAAACAAAUCCAUAAGCAAAGACAAACCCCACAUAGAUGGAACAGUAAAAUCCAGGAAAAGGACAGCCAUCAAGUCGAAAACCAAGCAGAAAAAUGUUGUUGGAAAAAAGGGCUAUGCGAAACCCAAAGGCAUUGUAAAGAAGAAGCCAACUGCAAAUAAUAAACUGACAAAGAACGUCAAAACUAAAUCUAAAGUACUAUCCAAGGCUCCAGAUUCCAAAAAGGAAAGAACAAUAAAAAAGAAUAUCAAAAUCCCCAAAAAGACAACUAAACAAAACUCUUUAGACAAAACAAAAUCUAAGAAAAAGGACCUUGAUAAAUCGAAGAAAAACUUAAAAUCCAAGAAUUCAAAACUUAAAAAAAAAGGUCUAAAAACAUCGAAAAAGGAUUUGAAGUCCAAAAAUUCCAAGCUUAAGGGAAAAGAUUCAAACAAAACGGAAAAAGACCCUAAGUCAUCCAAAUCUAAAUCUAAAGCAAAGGAUUCAGAUAAAACUAAAAAGGACACAAAACCGAAGGGCCCCAAACACAAUAAGGAGACGCCUCCUGCAGGCGAUGCUGGCCCUGGCAAUGGUCCAAUCGAUUUGCCGCAACUUCCAGACCUCGGGGGUAGUCCAGGAGCUGGACCCGGCCCCGGAUGCCCUGAUUGUUCGGGAGGCGGACCUAGUCCGGGAGGUGAACCUAGUCCUGGAGGAGGCCCAAGUCCUGGGGGAGGAUCAAUGCCUGGAGGGGGACCAAUGCCGGAAGGAGGACCAAUGCCGGGAGGAGGACCAAUGCCGGUAGGAGAACCUAGUCCUGGAGGGGGACCAAUGCCUGGAGGAUCCCCUGCUAUGGGAAGCGGCGGCAAUCCUGAGCCUCCUCCACCAUCAGUGCCACCCUCAAGUGGUAUUGGGACCCCACAACCAAAUCCACCUCCUGUUGGUGGACCAGAAAAUCCAGCACCAAUUGCGCCAUCACCUAACGAUUCUCCUGGUCCUUCCUCAAGUAAUGGAACUAGAGAAUUAAAGCCAGAUCAGAAUUCUAUCGAAGCAGACAAGGAGACAUAUUCAAAAUCUACUAAGGAUUCUUCAAAGACUCAAAAAUUGAAGGCUAUUGAAGAUGACGAUGACAUAGAUGUUGAAGACUCAAAGAAAAAGAAGAAGAAGAAAAAAUCAAAAAAAUCCCAGACUGGUGAUGAUGACAAUGACGAGGAGAAUUUCCAAUCUGAUGAAGGUGAGGGAGAUGAAGAAGAGGAUGAGAAUAAAAAAAUUAAGAAGAAAACUAAAAAAGGAAAAAAAUCAAGGACAUCAAAAGGCGCACAGAGUAACAAGAACGCCAACAAAACUAAAAAUGAUGAAGUAGAUGAUUAUGAGAAUGAUGACGAGGAAGUAGUUACUAAAAAGCUAAAGAAAAGAACGAAGAAUAAAAAACUUCGUAAAAACCAACAAAAGCAAGAAAUUGGCGACAAAGAAGACCCAGAUGUUUCGGAUGCAGACAAUUAAUUAAUUAUUACACAUUUUUAAUAAUUAUUUCUAUUCAAAAACUAUAACUUUAUGUUUUUAAAUAUUCAAAUUUAAAAAUAAAAUAUUCAUACCCCUCCCUUAA